CCCAGCAUUUAUCAGCCACUACACCAUCAAUCUCAUGCCAUUAAUAAUAUACCCCACCCUAUUCCUACCUCCUCCGCAGCCCCGCACAUGCAAACUUUAGCUUUUUCCUUCUCAAAAUGUCAUAUCUGUAAUAGUUUAUCUCAUUACGUAUAUUGAAAAGGUGAAGUGAAAAGCAUGGAAUCGGUGCCAGCUACUCUGUACAAUGGAAUCAAAGGAUACUGGAAGAGAAACGGGUACGAAAGGCUGAAUGGAACUGCCCGUCGGAGAAGGAAGAUCCGAGUAGUAAAGCUAACUUCCGCCGAUGGUACGAAACAGCGGCGGCGGUUCUGGAGGAUAAAAUUGAAGAUCAAAUUUUCGCCUAAAAAGUUGUUGCGCCGGCUCCGAGAUGCGUACGUGAACAUGAUGAUGAAGAUUGCUAAUACGCCAGUGAUCGCAGGCGCCGGCGGGUUCCCAGGGGGUGGCGUGAGUGGAUUUGGGAGGGGGCCGAUGAAAGAGUAUGAUGAGAGGAUGAUUACAGAGAUAUACAAAUCUGUUUUAAAGGCACAGAGCCAAAUGGUGCCCCGUGACGCGACCCGAAUUGGAUCCGAAAUCAUCUGCCAACGCCAUUUGGCAAUGUAACCACUUGCAAUAGUGACAACAACAGAUGAUGAUGAAGAAGCAGAAGAAGAAGAAGAAGAAGAAGAAAAUUAUACUGUUAAGUGUCGAGAUAAGAAUCACAAAUAUGGGCAAUAAAUGUAUUUUAUAAUUAAUUUUAUUACAUUUUAUAUGCAGUCUCAAUAUCUGAAAGAGAUAGAGAAUGAGAAGAAAAAAGGAUUAGAAUACAA